AUCAGGAGGAAGCUGGGUUGCAACAAGGAGGAGCGAGUCUCCGCGUUCCUUCCGGUCUGGAGGGCCAAGUGGAGGCGCAGCAAGGAGGAUGUUUUACCACAUCUCCUUGGAACACGAAAUUCUGCUGCAUCCACGUUACUUUGGCCCCAACCUUCUCAACACAGUGAAGCAAAAGCUGUUCACCGAGGUGGAGGGCACCUGUACCGGCAAGUAUGGCUUCGUCAUUGCCGUGACCACCAUUGACAACAUCGGGGCAGGGGUCAUCCAGCCGGGCCGUGGCUUCGUCCUUUACCCGGUCAAAUACAAGGCCAUUGUCUUCAGGCCUUUCAAGGGCGAGGUGGUGGACGCCGUGGUGACUCAGGUGAACAAGGUUGGACUCUUCACUGAAAUCGGACCCAUGUCUUGCUUCAUUUCACGACACUCGAUUCCCUCCGAAAUGGAAUUUGACCCCAACUCCAAUCCACCCUGCUACAAGACUGUCGAUGAGGAUAUUGUCAUCCAGCAGGACGACGAGAUCAGGCUGAAAAUCGUGGGGACCCGAGUGGACAAGAACGAUAUUUUUGCUAUUGGGUCGCUGAUGGAUGACUACCUUGGUCUUGUCAGCUGAAGCACCCGUUAUUUGGUGUGUCCUCCCUUCCAUCCCAGCGGCCAGCCUACGAAUUUAAAGAAUCCCCCGCCUUCCUCCUGGACUGUAGCAGCCGGGAGACAAGGGCUCAAUGCCUACAAGUCCUUCUUGAUUAAAGUUUUCGUGUUCCGUA